GUGUGUGUGUGUGUGUGUGUGAGAGAGAGAGAGAGAGAGAGAGAGAGAGAGACGCGCUUUUCCAUAGAAGAGAAACAGAGGAUUAAAAACCCGUUGCGUAUUUUCAUCCAGGGUCAUCAGAGAUAUGACGGCAGACGGUAUUGACGGCCUGGGGCGCUUUGAGAGCCCCGGUAAAGGCAGAGGACUGCGCGUGAACAGAGCGUACCGGGUGGGCGAGCUGCUCUUCGUCUGCCCCGCUUUCUCACACGUGUUAUCGGUGAGCGAGCGCGGAUACACGUGCGAGCAAUGCUUCACGAGGAAAGAGGGUCUUUCAAAAUGUGGAAAGUGCAAGAAAGCUUUUUACUGCAACGUGGAAUGUCAGAGAGCCGACUGGGCGAUGCACAAGCUGGAAUGCUCUGCAAUGUGUUCAUUCGGGGAAAGCUGGUGUCCGUCAGAAACCGUCCGUCUGGUGGCUCGGGUGAUCAACCGCAUGAAGGUCCAGAAAGAGCCGAGCGCCUCAGAGAAACUGCUCCUGUUAACGGAUCUGGAGGCCAACCUGGAUAAGUUCGAUAAUGAGAAAAGGGAGAUGAAUGAGGCAGACAUUGCCGAACUGCAUCAUUUCUACUCCAAACAUCUGGACUUCCCUGAUCACCAUUCUCUGCUUACUCUGUUUGCUCAGGUGCACUGUAACGGUUUCACAGUGGAAGACGAGGAGCUCUCUCACGUCGGGUCAGCUUUGUUUCCAGACGUUGCACUGAUGAAUCACAGCUGCUGCCCCAACGUCAUCGUUACCUACAGAGGAACCUUGGCAGAGGUGCGAGCUGUGAAGGAUAUCAGCCCUAAGGAGGAGAUAUUCACCAGCUACAUCGACUUACUUUACCCAACAGAAGACAGAAUGGAGAGACUCAGGGACUCGUACUACUUCACCUGCGAUUGCAAAGAAUGCAGAACCAAAUCCAAGGACAGUGUAAAACUGAAGCUGAGAAAGGUGAAUGGUGAAGAACCUCGCUCAGAGGAGGUCAGGGAAAUGCUUCGUUACGCAAGAAAUUCCAUUGAAGACUUCAGACGGGCCAAACAGGAUAAAACCCCUGCAGAGCUACUGGAGAUGUGUGAGCUCAGCAUGGACAAAAUGAGUUCCACGUUUGAGGAAUCUAACGUCUACGUGUUGCACAUGAUGUAUCAGGCCAUGGGAGUGUGUAUGUACAUGGAGGAUUAUGAUGGCGCCGUGAACUACGGAGAGAAAGUCAUAAAGCCGUUCAGGCAGUUGUAUCCAGCCUACUCCUUGAACAUUGCCUCAAUGUAUCUGAAGCUGGGGAGACUCUACAUGGUUCUGGACAGAAUCUCUGCAGGAACCAAUGCCCUCAAAAAGGCUUUAUCCAUUAUGGAGGUUGUUCAUGGAAAGGACCAUGUUUAUGUAAAGGAACUGCAGAAAGAGAUCAACACACACCAAAAAUAAACACACCCACUAAAACA